AUGUUUUGCUUCUCUUUGAUUAAGCGUGUCAUCCUUAGUGCAGGGGCCAUGCUAAUCUUCUCUGGCGAAAUAUCUAUUCGUUCAGUUCAUUAUAACCUCACUUUGUUGCAGAGAGAGAUACCGCCUGUUUGUUUGGUUGCAGGGCCUUCGCCCCCAAAUCUUCUCCCGGGGCCAAACCCGAAGAUUAAUAAUUGCGAGAUCCGUGGCCUUCAUGACUCACCUAAACAACGGACGGACUCUAAGGACGAAACCUUAAAAUCUGUCAGCUUAUAG